UCUGGAAUACGAAUUGUAAUAAUAUUGAUGUAUUUAUAGUAUAAUUAAUAUGAUAUUAUAAGUUAUUAACCUUUUCCCAUUCAAUACAUUUGUAUUUGGGAUUCUGGCCUGAAUUAUUAUGAAUGCAAAGGACUAUAUGCAAAUAUAAAAAGAAAUCAAGUUUGUAUCCUUUCCUUACAGUUUCGUAUCCUUGGUCGGCACAAUUGUUACCUCUUAAACUUAGUAUAAAUAUCCACUUUACGAAAGUUGUAGGACAUUCAGUGAAUACUUGAAAUAAGUUUCAACAGGAAAACACCCAAAAGAUUUGUGAUCUCCGAGACUGAACUACACUCUUUGAGUCAACUCAAGUUACUCAAAACAUUUCGUCAUGAAUUGUUUCCAAGUGACUAUUAUAACUGUCUUUUUUACUACCUGUUGCUUAUGUGCAGCUUCCACGAAUGACGUUGAUCAUUCCAAAAAAUUGUCUACAGUUUCAGCUGUCCAGCCUAGGGCUUUCUUUUUUAAUUCCAUGUUAAAGAUGUUUGAAGAAGCAGAAUGGGAUGUUAUUUUUGUAAAAAUGUUAAAAAUUGCAAUAAACUAUUUUAUGGAUAAAGCGUUGACGAGGGUGUUCGGAACGUCUGGACGACAAGGAUCCUUUUCUGUAUCAAGUUGGCUGUUUCCUACUCCACUAUUAACCAAGGUCGUCCGACAACGUCGAACGGCCACAACAAAGGGAUUAAAAGACUUACCGACCGUUCAGAGGUCGCCAACUGACUCACAUUUAUUAUGGCCUGACAAGGAAAACGAGUUCUCUCAACUUGAAGUUAUAUGUAGCUUUGGUCAAUUACUGGCUCGCGUUCCUGUUUUAGAACAGCUUGCGAAAAUUUUCAUAGAAACAAAAGGAAGUAGAAAUGAACGGAAUGCCUUUGUUCGGGGAGCACAGAAAAAAGAUUGCAAAUUGCACUAUCCCAAGUGUCAGACGUUUAAAAAUUAUAAUAUUUACAAUAUACAAGAUGAUUGUUUCUGA